AAUUGUAGUUCUUUCCUUAUCUUUAUUUUUGAUUUGUUUCCUUUGGUUCGUUUUAGCAGCUUGAGAUUUAAUUUGAGGUAAGAGGAAAAAUGAAAGUGUAGAGUCCGUUUUCUUAAUGAUGAAUUUAGAUAACAAUUAGUGAAGAAAAGGGAAAGGCAAGGGAGGAGAAGUGAAGGAAAGUAAAUGAUUGGUUUUAAUCUUGUUUGAAUAGACAAAAAAGAGAAGAGGGAGGAUAAUAUUUUUAUUUAAUUAAAUAAUUUAAAGAAAAAUAGAAAAAAAUUAUUUUUUAAUUUUAUUAUUUAAAUAAAUAAUUGAAAUAAAAUGUAUAUCUAUUUUCUUAAAAAAUUUUAUAAGAAAAAAAUUUAAUGUAAAAUAAAUUUACUGUAAUCUAUUUAAUUUAGAGGGAUGGAAAAUAGAGGAAUAGAGGAGGCUUUGUCACGCUUCAUCUUGUUAAGUAAUCCAGACAAUGGGAAGUAGACCUCUCUCCUCACUCUCCUCCCCUUCCCCUUCAAAUCUCCCAAUCCAAACUCACUUCAAAAACAUGUUCUUGCAGUCUAAUUGGCCCACUAGACCAAUGGUAUACAGCUUUUUUCUUUAUCAUUUCAUUCCAUUGCAUUAGUGUCAAGGACUUGGUGUGAGAUUCAUACCUAAGGAGAAGGAAAAGCUUCUGCACUUAGAAAACAAACUUCAGGUUGAAGGUCAUCUUGAUCUUCAUUUUGAAAUGUGUUUUUAUGGGGUUUUUUAUAUGCACGUUUGUUUGGAGUUUUUCAGGUGGUGCAUUAGUUGCCUCUUAUGUGUUUUGAGUAGAGGAAAACUAAUGUUCUUUCAUGGGGUUUGAAUAGAGAAAAACCAAUGUGUCAUCUGCUUCUAAUGGUUCUAGUUGUUGAAAUGCUUAUAAAUUAACUUGUUUUGUCACCUGUUAUGUUUCCAUAAAAUUUUUUUGUUCUUACUAAGAUGAUAACUUUUUAUUUGAAAUGAUUUACAUAUACUAGUUGUAUAAAUUUUAUUGGGGGAUAAUGUUGAAUGAAGACUAUUUGUUUCUGGUCAGUCUUACAUGCAUAUCCUGAGAAAUUCAGUUUAAUUUGAUUAAUUUUUGUGAUUCUCUAUUCUCGGUAAUGUAUCAUGCCCUUUAAAUUAAGCAUAUAAACCCGCAUAAUACAUUACCCACAAGAGAGAAUAACAAAUAGCGAAUAGGUCAAAUUAAUCAAACUAAUCUGAAUUUCUCAUAAUCACUCUGAAUGGAUAUGCAUGUAAGGCCAAUCACAAACAAAGUCUUCAUUUAACAUUAUACUCAAAUGAAUAUGCAGCCAGUCU